GCGUCGCCAUCUUUACGCCAGUGUGCUACCGGUGGGUGUUCAGUUCAGCGGAGCAACGGUGCUGUUGCUGAUCCACCACCAGGAAUCAACCGAGCAGCCGAUAAUCCUGCCUCUCCUACCGGGACGCUGCGAGCAGCCCCGAACGAUCCGAGCGCCAUGGCGGACAGAGAGAACUUAGUGUACCAGGCGAAGCUCGCCGAGCAAGCGGAGAGAUACGACGAAAUGGUGGAGUCGAUGAAGAACGUGGCCAGCAUGGACGUGGAGCUGACGGUGGAGGAGAGGAACCUGCUGUCGGUAGCCUACAAGAACGUGAUCGGCGCCAGGAGAGCGUCCUGGAGGAUAAUCAGCAGCCUGGAACAGAAGGAAGAAAACAAAGGCGGAGAAGACAAAUUAAAGAUGAUCCGGGAAUAUAGGAAAACGGUUGAGAAAGAGCUAAAAUCAAUCUGCAACGACAUUCUGGACGUCCUGGACAAGCACCUCAUCUUAGCUGCAGUCACAGGAGAGUCUAAGGUUUUCUACUACAAGAUGAAGGGAGAUUACCACCGGUACCUGGCGGAGUUCGCCACCGGCAACGACCGGAAGGAGGCCGCCGAGAACAGUCUGGUUGCCUACAAAGCCGCCAGCGACAUCGCCAUGAUCGAACUCCCUCCAACGCACCCCAUCCGCCUGGGACUGGCCCUCAACUUCUCUGUUUUCUAUUAUGAAAUCCUCAACUCGCCAGACCGCGCCUGCAAGUUGGCGAAGGAAGCGUUCGACAACGCCAUCGCCGAACUGGAUACGCUGAGCGAGGAGAGCUACAAGGACUCGACACUUAUCAUGCAGCUGCUACGGGACAACUUGACACUAUGGACCUCAGACGUGCAGGGAGACGGUGAAGAACCGAACAAAGAACCACCGCAAGAUGCGGAGGAAGAGACCCAGGGAGACUGAACAACCCACGACUCCCCCUCCUCUCCUCCUCCUCUCAGCACUAGCUUCUGUCCCCUGCCACAGUUUCCACUGGGUUUAUACUGCAGCCCAAAGCCUUCCUCUGCCUCUCCCUCCAUUUCUACCCAUCCGUCUCCCCCUUCCUCCUCAUAUGCAUGUCAUGCCGCCCCUUCCCACCCCCCCACCCCCCCCCACACACACACACACAGGGCCUGCUCAGGUCUCCAUUUCCACGUCCCAGGAGUUUCACCUUAUUUUUGAUGACUCGUUUUGCAAGCCUGUACCCUUUAAGGUUCAUGUCCUCUUUUACGGGUUCUUUUUUACCUUUUUUUUUUUUUUUUUUGCUUUGCUGGAUUAUCUGUAGCCAAGUACGCUUGCCUGUAUUUUUAACACACAUAUGCAAGAGUUUAUUUAAAGACAAUACUUAGCUGUUCAACUUUUUCCUGUAUUUGUGUGUUUCUAAACAAUAUAUUGUCCAUGCAGUCGGUCAGUUUUGAAACAUUUCGGUUUGCAAAUUGAGGAAAUAAAGUGAUGAAAGAUUUAAAAGGGCUGUGAGAGCUUUUUGGAGGAACCAAGUGCCCUCUUUACUUUGUGGUUACCAAACCUGCUCCUUUGACACCUCAAUAGUUCUUUUUUUUUUUUUUUUUCUUUUCAUGGCAAAUGGCAGAAUGUCCCCCUCAAGCGUCGCUCUGACCUCUAUUCUUGUCCAUUCUCGGACCAAGUGAUGUGCUGCGAGGCUGUAGCAGGUAGUUAGGUAAUGGCUUUUUAGCAGACAACGUGUAUGUGUGCGUGGGAGGGGAAUGCUCGAUACUAUUGAUUGUAAAAUAAUGCAGAUUUGCAUUCGCACCAUAUUAAAAAAAAAAAAAAAAAAGUUUGGGAAAUCAAGACCUGCUCUUUACUGUCCUAACUAUUUCAGGUUUCCUCUUGACUCUCCUCGCCUUUCCUUUUUCCUCCUCUCUUCGGUAUGUGUAACGUGAAUCUGAUUUGUACUACUAGAAAUUCUCGGCGGAGCCACAAAGUACCAUCUGUAUUCUUACUGAAACGCAGCAUGGAACUAACAUUAAACUUCAAAUUGAAACGUGU